AUGAAUGAGAACAGCAGACUACACACUCAUUCUAACAUAAGGAACACCUUUUUCUCUGAAAUUGGCAUUGGGAUCUCAGGCAACAGUUUCCUUCUUCUCUUCCAUAUCAUCAAGUUCUUUCGUGGGCACAGGCCCAGACUCACUGACCUGCCCAUUGGUCUCUUGUCCCUAAUCCACCUACUGAUGCUACUGGUUGCAGCGGUCAUAGCCACAGACAUUUUUAUUUCUUGGAGGGGAUGGAAUGACAUCAUAUGUAAAUUUCUUGUCUACCUGUACAGAAGUUUGAGGGGUCUCUCCCUUUGUACCACCAGCAUGUUGAGUGUCCUCCAGGCCAUAAUCCUCAGUCCCAGAAGCUACUGUUUAGCUAAGUUCAAGCGCAAAUCUUCUCAUAACAUCUCCUGUGCCAUUAUUUUCCUGAGUGUCCUGUAUAUGUCAAUUAGCAGUCACCUCUUUAUAUCCAUCACUGCCACCCUCAAUUUGACCAUGAAUAACUUUCUUUAUGUUUCUCAGUCCUGCUCUCUUCUACCCUUGAGUUACCUCAUGCAAAGCAUGUAUUCUACACUGCUGGUCCUCAGGGAAGUCUUUCUUAUUGGUCUCAUGGUCCUCUCAACUUCAUACAUGGUGGCCCUCUUGUGCAUGCACAGGAAACAGGCCCAGAAUCUUCAGGGUACCAGUCUUUCCCUCAAAGCAUCCGCAGAGCAAAGGGCCACCCAGACCAUCCUGAUGCUCAUGACCUUCUUUGUGCUGAUGUCCAUCUUCGACAGCAUUGUCUCCUCCUCAAGAGCUAUGUUCUUGGAUGAUUCAACAUGUUAUUCUAUAUAUAUCUUUGUGAUGCACAUUUAUGCCACAGUUAGCCCUUUUGUAUUUAUGAGCACUGAAAAACAUUUAGUUAACUUCUUUAGGUCCAUGUGUGAGUGGAUAAUAAAUAUGUGA